GCAGCGCCGUUUUUCGUGUUGGCGUCAUGUGGGCAAUCAUUGGCUGUGCGGCCCUGGUGCUGCAACUGGUGUCGGGACAGCACGAGCACAGAUUCUUCAAGUUCCCCGUCAAACCCGGUCACAACGGUCAAUGUCACGACCCUCGGGUAGACAAAUAUUAUGACGUUGGCGAGGUCUGGGGUCCUAAGAACGCCAACUGCAAACAGAGCCGCUGUGUGGAAGAGAAGGGGGUGCUCUACAUCGACCGAAUGUCGUGCGACCGCAUCCUGGACAACGUCGACUUUGACAAGAUGAAGCGGGAGCACCUGAGCUGCCGUCAAGCGAUCGGCGAUCGGCGGGAGCCGUUCCCCGGCUGCUGCCCCCAGCUGGUCUGCUACGAGUACAUCAACGGCAAGAAGAAGAGGAUCCCCAAGGAGCGGCUACCGCUGAUCAAGCCCAUCAUACGCGAUCAUUUCGUCUACGCCAGGCAGUAGACCAACCAGCGCGCGGACUGCGGAGCUUAUGUGAUUUGUGGUGAAUUGUCAAAUGCGUACAGUGUUUCAUUAAAUUGUGAGCGGCUUGGUAAUAAACUCAGUUGCCGUUUCGUAUAAGGGUUGAUCCAAGGCCGUCUAUAGGGAUUGACCAGUAAGACUUAAAACGUGUUUGGCGAAGGCUGGUGAAGGUGAAUGCUGAUCAAAUGUAAUUAUAUGUUCGACGACUUAUAAAAACGGCGAUAAACGGCGACAAAUGAUGAAAUGCUCGCUUUGUAAACUCGCUAGGUAUGAUCGCUUUGUUUACUGCAUGUAGUUCAAAACGUCUACUCACGUUCUGAGUGUUGUAUGUUGUAAUGCAUCGGGCACGUAGUUACGGAGCGAGCGAAGCGAGCGUAGUCUUUCCUUAGAUUAACGGAAAUUUCUGAGUAUGAGCGGCCGGCCGGCCGGCCGGCCGGCCGGCCGUGGUCACGCUUUUGCGAGGCUUAUAUCUCAGCAACCACUUGACCGAUUUACACGCGGUAAUUUUUGUAGGGUAGCUUUAUUCCUUCUACCAAGUAUUGGACUAUUCCCGAUGCAUGUGGGUGACCCCUUAUGCACGUGCCACGUGCAAAACGAAGAGGUGUCACUUUUGUAAUUGUUGCAAUAUCUCGGUAACUACUUGACCGAUUGCACUGAAAGUUGGCAUGAAGGUAGGCACCCACUAGGCACUGCAUAUCCAUGUGCCAGAGUUGGGGUGCUGCUGCACGUGCGCACGUGCAGGGGUCGAUUCCAGAUCUCGAGAACGGCUGGACCGAUGGCGCUCAAAUUUGGUACAUGGCUAGGGACCGGUUAGUAGGGUGCCGUGCAAAAGUCAGUUGGGACCCAUUUUGCACGUGCGCACGUGCAGGGUGCCGCUUCCAGAUCUCCAGAACGGCUGGGCCGAUUGUGCUCAAAUUUGGCACAUCGCUAGAGACCGGUUAGUAGGGUGCCGUGCACAAGUCAGCUGGAGGUACCCCCUCGAAAUUUCGCACGUGCAAGGCUCACCCUCUCGCUCGCUCCGUUAGUCGCCCCAAAAGGCGUUAUACUGGUAAUAUAACGAAUGUUAUAGAGAAACACGCCUAUGCAUAUGUAUAUAAAGGACGUUAUAUCCACUCGAAGAAAGGGAACCAUGCGUACAGACACAACUACCUGCGUGGGGUAAUUAUGCUGAGUGUUCUUGGACGUUUGUAGGGUUUGUCUUCAAUACAUGCAUAUAUGUAAA